UAUUCCUGUAAAUGCUGCAUAUGUGAGCCUUGUUUUAGUUGAGCAACUGGUUAAUGCCUUUGUAUUCAAGUUUAUGAGUGCUUUUGUGGAUGGGUCAUGCUGAUAACAUCACCCUGACUCGGGCAAAUAAACAAAUGAGGGUCAGAAACACAGAUAACAAGCAUGAUACCAACACACACUGUCUAGACAGACAGACAUAGCCAUGAUCCUGACGGGUCGCAGUUUGUGUCUUCCCUCUCCAGCCACCGUCCAGGAGCUGUUCUUUGUGGCUCGAGACGCCAACAUCAUCCCAGAUAUCUCCCUGGACCCCGUGCUCACCACCUUUCUUUCAUUGGACUCCUCAGCAGCGCUGCAGCAUCAGUAUGCCUUCCUACAGCGGGGUAUGAGCAGGGAGCAGCAGUCUACUUUCAGCCUCAACCUGACUGGAGAGCUGGGAGGUGUCAGCAGGGUCACCUAUGGUGGAGUAGGGGUCGUCGCUCUGGCUCUGUCUAUGCUUUUUGACCAGGUUGCCCAACAAGUUCGAGCGCAAGGAUCAACAGAACGGGACUUACCUACUCAGGGAUCCGGGGCUAAGAGGAUUUUUGGCAUUAGCAGCUCUUCAAGAAUCGGCUGGAUUAUCUACAGCUACCUCCGCCUGAUCCCUGGCAUUGCUAACAACCAGGAGAAGGUGGCAGAGACUACAGAGAUCUAUGACAACUUGCUGAAACUUGAGCUAAUUGACCAUUAUGAGAGGAUGACCACGAAGAAGAGAAUGAGUUCAGUGUCGAUGCAGCAGUGGUUGGUGGGAGCUGCAUUUCAUCUACACAUGAGAAUUCACCAGGUUCGUCUGAACUCGGUGCCUUUAGGGUCAGUUGAGUCACUGCGCCGGUCUUAUAAGUCAGGAUUAGGUCGCCUGGUUCAGGACUACACAGCCUAUCUACGCAGAAACAUUCAAGUGACUGGACCAUCAGGAACUCGAAGACCACGAAAACACAGAACCAGGGGAAGACCAAGACAAACUAACACAUUGAGUGUAACCAAUAUGAACUGCUCUGGUAAUCACCUUUUUAAUGACAGCCAGGUUAGUCCAAUUAUCUCAUCUCAUAAAUUCAAUGAGACGUCCACACCCAAUGCAACUGCUGACAGGAUUUGUAGAAGAAAUGGAUCCAGUGAAGACUCUGGACUUAGUGUGCCAAUUGGAAGUGAUGAAACCUGUGUAGGCAUGGAAAACAAAAACAAUUCUUGUGGAUUUAACAGGGAUGAGGAAGUUCUGGGUCUGUUGGUUAUCGAGCCACUGAGGAAUGUGAGCCACAGUGUGCAGCAUCACCCCUGUGAGUCCUCAGCCAUACAGCAAGCUUUAGUGACUCGUAUUAUGGAUGCUCAGGACCUGGAGAGGAACAGAAACUUUUUCCGGUACCAGGACAGAAUCUUUCACAGCUUUGUCAGACAGAGGGACGACUUUGAGCUGAAGAUAAAUUAGACAGCCAUGACUGGUGUGAGACCAAAUCAUUCAUUGAUCACGUACAGUCCCACAAAUGAACCUUAAUUUUGUGCUGUUCUCCCCUGGAAACUAUCAUUCCAUCAGUCGCUUUAUUCAUCUUUCUUUACAAAAAACUGAGGUGUGAGCAGAAUCAAUUCAAGUAGAUUUGUGCAGAAUAACAUCUCAUAGAAAAUGUAAGGAUUUAUUUAAAUUAUGUAUUUGAUUUUCUUUACAUUUUUAAUUUAAAAAAUGUUUGACAGCCGUAAAUGUAAUAAGCAUUGAUGAGUAGUACCCUUGCUCUGUAGUCUGCUGCCUUUUUGACAAAACAUUACCAUCUAGAGGUAGAAGAAGUGUAGCAAUCAUAUGUAAAUGCCCUACAUACACUGUAGAUCUAUCAUCAGUUUUCAGGCCCUGUAAUGUCUCAGUGGUGCAAGAAGUGAUCAGAUCUUUAACUUGAGUAAAAGUAGAAUCAGCACAGUUUAGAAAUACUUCAUAACAACAUGCAUACACGUCAUACAUUCAGAAUUUGACAAAAAAGCAAUGCUUUAGGCAAAAUACUCAUUCUACAGAAGAGACCCUUUCAGCUAAUUGUAAUCGAGCUAAUUUCAUCCACUUGUACUUAAGUACAAUAUUUUCAUCUGAAAAUCAGAUUUAAAAAAAAAUCAAGCAGAAUUGAAGUAUAAAGUAGAAAAAUGGAAAUACUCAAAGCUACUACAAGGAACGUUGAUAUUGUGUUGAUUCUGGAAACCCCUGUGGAUAAAAUUGGAAGUGUCAGAGCCAAUAUAUAUCAAGUAAAAAAAAAACAUGUCAACAAUCAAAUAAAAAAUAAAGUCAUCUGUAGAAAAA